UAGUCCAUAAGGAUGUAAACAAGGAAUAGCCCUAGAUAACCUUAUCAUGGAAACUGCAGUAGCAACAACAAGGAAGUGACCACUGGUCAUGUGUCCUGGGUCACUCCCUCUUCCUUUCCCCAAGAUGGUACAUAAGGGCCUCCCCCAGCAGAAGGAGGCAUCGGACCUCCUCACCUCUCCUGAGUCCUCUCUGCUCACUUCACCUGAGUCCUCUCUUGACACCAUGGGUUGCUGUGGUUGUGGAAGUUGUGGUGGCUGUGGUGGUGGCUGCAGUGGUGGCUGCGGUGGUGGCUGCGGUGGUGGCUGUGGCAGCUGCACCACCUGCAGGUGCUACCGGGUGGGCUGCUGCUCCAGCUGCUGCCCCUGCUGCCGCGGCUGCUGUGGAGGCUGCUGCAGCACUCCCGCGAUCUGCUGUUGCCGCCGCACCUGCGGCUCGUGUGGCUGUGGCUAUGGGAAGGGCUGUUGCCAGCAGAAAUGCUGCUGCCAGAAGCAAUGCUGCUGCUAGGCGGGCCCCCGGCCUCUGGGCAGGGGCUGCAGGUAUCUGUCCUGUAGGUAAGACUCCCAUCCUUCCCAUCCUGUCUGGUCUCCCCCUCCUCUGUGG